ACAGCCACUUCCGAAUUCGAGAUGUCGCAAUUCAUAGCGUCGACUAAUAUCCGGCCACGUUAAAAUAGAUUAUUUGAAGUAAAUUUUGUUAGGGAGUCGACUAUUCCGUCGCAAAUACGAUUUAUUAAAAGAAUUGUAGUUCGUAGAAGGUGUGUGUAAAUGUGUGUUUAAUAAUAAUUAGAUAAAUUAAAUGAAGCGAAGAAUGGAUUACUGGUCGACAUGGAUGCUUAUUGUUUCAAUGCUUUUUCAUACUAUUUUACUUACGGGUGGCGUCGAGUUAAGCUUCGAAUUGUCUGAUAAUGCAAAAGAAUGUUUUUAUCAAGAAAUUGAAAAAAAUGUUUCCUCAACACUUGAAUUUCAGGUAGUAACUGGAGGUCAAUACGACGUAGAUGUUACAUUAGAGGCACCGAAUAAAGAAAUCAUUUAUAAACAAGUGAAAACACAAUUUGACUCUCAUCCAUUCAUACCAACUAUGUCAGGAGUAUAUAAAGUAUGUUUUAGUAAUGAGUUUUCUACAUUCUCCCAUAAGCUUGUAUAUAUGGAUUUCCAAGUUGGAAAUGAAUUACCACUUCCCGGUUUAGGAGAACAUGUCACUGUUAUGACUCAAAUGGAGUCAUCGGCACAAGUAAUCCAUGAAAAUCUAAAUAAUAUUCUUGAUUACCAAACGCAUCAUCGAUUAAGAGAAGCUCAAGGUCGUAAACGAGCUGAAGAUUUGAAUGAACGGGUUUUAUGGUGGUCCAUGAUGGAAACCGUAGCUAUUCUAUCUAUCCCUAUAGGACAAGUGUAUUUCCUCAAGAACCUCUUCACGGACAGGAAACCCUACCAAAGGCUUUAGCAAGAUGUAAGAAAUUUUUACUUGUGGCUGAAAUAAAAAGGCAACAUAUCCAUCUAAAUAAUCUGGUCAGUGGUGAUACACACUCGAGAACUUUGGAUGUUGUCAUGAUUGUUAGUGGAAUACAGAUAUCGUGAUGUGUCUUUUCUACAUCUAUGCUAAAGUUAAAGACUUGGCAAGACAAAGGAAAGAAUGCAACAUGAGAAAGAUUUUUUUUUCUUUUUUGUAUAUUUUGAAAAAGGAUAGCUGUGAGAUACAAGCAUCCUUAGCACAUUAAUUUAUGAAAUACGGAACAUUUUAUCGCGUGUGUCGUUAGAACUAUGAGCUAUCAUAGAAGAAGGUGCAAGUGUUUGGAAUGCCAUACAUUUUAGCACUGUAAACUCCUAAGUUGUAGUUAUACUGACAUAAACGGUACAAGAGACACUGACGUACUCUAAUCAAGUUUUUCUUAAUGUGAAUGUGUAAAAUAAUAAAUUAAAAUGUUUGGGCGUGAAUUUUUCUUGUAAAAGUAUAAACCAUUUACCUUUGUAGAAUCAUUAUAAUAGAUACGUAAAAAGACAACAAAAAUAAUACAAGUUUAGUUAAUAGUUUAAUGAUAUCUAUCCUGCAGUUUCACACAAUGCUUAUUUUCUUUUUAACAAGAUACCUAUUUCAAUAAUACUAAUAAAAUAGCAAAAUGUGUCAAGGUAUCGGUGGUAUUAUUAAAACAGAUGAUUUGGACUUUACCAAUUACAGAAAGGAUAAGUGCCUAAGAAUUAAGAAAUAACAGAUAAUUAUAUAGAAUAGUAUAUAAUUUAAAGAUAGAAGAUAACUAACCAGCAAGAAUAGGAUAAAAUGGUGGUGGACUGCACAGAACAGGUGGAGUUGGUAAAACAUUACGUGCUUCAUAUCUCAAUCCACCAAAUCUUACAGAGGUAGUAAUUUUAGGUUUGACUUUACAAGGUGAACCAAAUUUUGGUGGACAUUGAAUCCAUGGGGAAUAUUGUCUCCAAAUAGUACAUGGUGAACAUGGAGAAUAAGGAGUACAUGGCAUGCAUACUGAACUAAAAUAAUAAAAAAAAGAAACAUUGUAAUGAAAAUAAAAAAAAAAUAUUGUUAAAUUCCUAUCAUAGACUUACCAAUUGUCAUUGCCUUGACACGUUAUUGGCAUUUUUAUUUAUUUAUUUUACAAAUUCACAUAAAUAUAAUUUACAAGAUGUAACACAGAAAAUUUGUUUAAAAAAAAAAA